GGUCGCCUGGUGUUUGGCAACUAUCUGAUGCCUUACAGCUUUGUGCUGAAGUGUGACAGGGCCAACAUGGUCUACACCACCAAGCCAGCCUCCACAGUGUUUGACAAGUUCAUGCACAUCCUCAAAUGUGAUGUGGAAAAUGCAAGGCUGAUGUUGGUGUCCAGUCCUAAAUAUAAUGGACCUGUGCAGGAUGAACCGCCAAGAUUCAUGGGCGAGGGUUUUGUGGUGAUGAUGUCCAACAACGUGGAUGUGUAUUACUAUCAGGAUGAACCUGGUAUAGUACAGCAUGAACCUGAACAGAUUCAGAUGGCUGAUGGAGAAGUGUUAGUUAAGAGAACCUACCCGUGUGUUGGUGUAGACAUCAAGUGUGGAAAGAAUACAGAUUUCAACUAUGGUCCUUGGGUGGAUAGGCAGAGGGAGCUCAUCUAUAAAUUUUUCUAUCCACCUGACUACCAGCCACUGGUUCCUUCCAGAGAGGCAGAGCCUGGAGAGAAGAGACAGUUCAAAUCUAUGGAAGUGAAGCUGACAAUCAAUGCCAUUUCAGCUAUUGAUAUUCUCUUCACUAAAAAUGCUAUGACUCAAGCCCUGCAUAUGAAUGCUGGUAAAGGAUCCUAUGUGGAAGUGACCAUCCCAUACAUAGUGGAGGAUUCUGGGUUUGUCACCAAAGUCAAGGGUCAGCUGAUGUUGGUGGAUGCAACCACAAGCAUGUCAUUCAGGUCACUGCUGGAAUGUGAAACUUUAGAGUUUGAUGUGACGGCUUCAUAUCCCAGGGAGUGGAAUGCCUGUCAGGAGUGGCGCUGUGAGCUGACAGCUUGCAAAGCUGUGGUCUACCUCAUCUAUGAUCUUAAAUCAUUCUUUUCUGAUCUGGUUAAUGAUUGGUCAUCGAAAUCACCUCCAGACAUAUACUCAUUUGUUCCGUACACUUGGACGUUGAGUCUUGUCAUUAAACAGUUUGAAGUGCUGACUCUAUCUAAUGAGAAUAACUGGGUGGACACGUCUUCUCAACAUCAGGAAAAUGCUCAUGUUGGGUUUUGUGGAGAACAUUUUGACUUGUGUGUGACAUUCCCCUUCAAUGACUUCAUGCCAGAAACUGUUCCCAUCAACCUGGUUAUAAAGGGAGACACUGUCUUCUGUAGACUGUACCUUCCUGAAAGCAACACCAUGAGACACACUCUGAUAGCCAUGUCAGAAAAUAUCAAAAUUGUGGAUCGUGAAGGAAAUGAGAUAGGCAAAUGUCUUGAUCCUGCCAGCGACAAACAGUGGAGGAAUGUCACUUUAAACAGUAAUGGAUGGGUGGACUGCUGGACAACCCCAUACGUGUUCCUGACAGUGACGUACACCUACUACCCCGCACCACCUCUGCUGUCACAUGCUUCAGCAGAUCGACUGGCUCACUAUGGUACCUGUGUCCCUAUCUUGGAAGAAGAAAUCCCUGAUGUUGAUUUUCUGCAGCCCAGCUGUUCGAGUGCUUCACAUCCUGGUGGUACUUCCUACACCAGUGGAAAGGAUCACACAUUUGACCCUGGGCUGAUGGAGCCUGACUCCAUCCAUGUGGAGCUGGAAAUUGCUCCGUCUGUCGUGGUACUGUAUGGAUCACUGCUGAGAAACCUCAUUCAUCUGAAGGAAAACUACCUCGGAGAGUUUCAGAAAGCCACUGAUUUUGUGGAGAACCUGAGCAAACAGAGCGACAUAGAAGCCACUUAUGUCCAUGUGGAUUACCCUGAUGAAGAUGAGCAGCCAUUUGAUGCUAGAAAAUAUCGGCCCUUCUCUGUGACCGUCUCUGUGACACUUCAUGAUAUCCAGGCACACUUGGCAAAG